AGUCAUUUCCUAGCAACUAUUUCAAGCGGCAUGGCGGAUAGCACUGGAACGACAUGCCAUUUGGAGCCUCGACAAGGUCAGAGGACGUCUGACACGUACAGAACUCACAACCUACCGGAAAGAUUCGAUAAACCAGUCUUAUCCGGGAACCCCGUUUUCACAUGUGAGCCAAAUGUGAAGAGAGAGAAAAGAGGAGACUGUUUCCAAGGUUAUAACACCAAACAAGAACAUCCUAUGUAUAGAACAAGUACAUCUACAUACGGUGGUGUCUCACCGACAGUACAUACUGUACCCACAAGCUGGCAUGGUAAAUCACAGAAGUUUACAGAGCAUUUGGGCUUGUCAGGGAUGUAUAGAAAUCAUUCUCUCAACACAUCGACAGAUAAGAGCAAAGUUUGAUAUUCGUAGAGUCUCCAAGUUAUCUCAAGACAUGAUGACUCUAUGUCCAAACUCAUACCUCGUGUUAUACU